AACAAAACCAGCUUCUGUCCUAUCAGGUGGCGAAUUCUCCCGCGGGACACCCAUUAGCCCAACACCAAUGACUCUACGGCGUAUGAAUCAAGAAUGGGCAUUCCUGGAAUCCUCAAGGAAAUCGGCAAGGGAGAAAGGGUUGCCCUCGCAAAACUCGCCAUUGAACACUUUGAGAAAUCCCAUCGUCCCUAUCGAAUAGCCAUUGAUGCUGCAAUAUGGAAUUUUCAGCACCAAGCAGGCCAAGGUGGCAAAAACCCUGCUCUGCGUACUUUGUUCUAUCGCCUUUUGAAAUUACUUGCCCUUCCCAUUCAGCCGGUCUUUGUUUACGAUGGCAAGAAUAAGCCUCUCACCAAGAGGGGCAAGACGGUUUCAAAAUACGGCACUUGCACUUCUAACGAGACCUCCAAGAAACUCAUCAAUGCUUUUCGAUUUCCUCAUCAUACUGCACCGGGCGAGGCUGAGGCUGAAUGUGCCAUGCUGCAGCGUCAUGGCCUUGUUGAUGCUGUCAUGAGUCAAGAUGUCGAUGCAAUAAUGUUUGGCUCUGCGGUCACAUUACGGAAUUGGUCCAAGGAAGCGACCAAGCAUAAUAACACCCCUACUCAUAUCAGUCUAUUGGACGCUGAAAGGAUACAAUCUAGGUCUGGCCUUGACCCUGCGGGCAUGGUCUUGGUUGCUCUCCUGGCCGGUGGUGACUAUGACGAAAAUGGUCUGCCUGGCUUUGGGCCUGGUAUAGCAUGCGAGGCUGCCAGAGCUGGCUUCGGGGCAGAUCUACUGGAACUGGUGCGUACAAAUGAUGAUGUCGGCCUUGCCGAAUGGCGUGAGAGGCUCGAGUAUGAACUUGAGACAAACAUCAGCGGCUUCUUCAAAACAAAGCAUAAAACCGCCAAAGUACCAUCUUCUUUCCCCGAUCGACGCAUAUUAAGCUAUUACACAAAUCCUGCCAUAACUGCUCCGCAAGAUCUACCACGACUACAGAAAUUAUGGGAGGAGGUGUGGGCUUCUUCUGUCGAUGUUAACCUGCUUCGACGCUAUGUUGCUAACACUUUUGAAUGGGAUUUCAAGCCCGGUGCCUAUAAGUUCGUCCGUGUCAUGGCCCCAGCCUUGCUUGCAGAUGAUCUCAGAAGAGGACGACCAUCACAAAUCUCCUCCGCCGAGCAAAUUACAGAACGUCGCAGUCAUUUCGUUACUGACGGAAUUCCAGAGCUGAGGUUGACGGUGAUUCCCGCAGAUGUGGUAGGAAUCGACCUUGACGCCGAGGAAGAUAGUCCAGAUGAUCUCGCACGUUUGGCCGUCGAGGAGGAAGACCCCGAAUUAGGGCCUAUGAACGAUGCAACAACUUCACAAGCAAUGCAGAAGCCCAAAAGCCCUCCUUGGCUGCCUUGGAACCAAGAGAAGAUGUGGGUCUCCGAAUCCAUUGUAAAAACUGGUGCAAAAGCCGUGGUGGAGGCAUGGCAUCAAAAGCAGCAGGAGAUUGCAAUGGAUCCAAUCAAGUUUGCCACUCGAAAAUGCCGACAGCCAAAGGAACCCGGGAAAAAGGUUGUCAACAGUGGCAUGAAGGCUGGGGCAUUGCUCAACUAUAUCACAAUCUCUAGCUCUUCACAGGAGGAACCAUGUGCAGUUCAGGCAUCGAAGUUAUCACCGUCACGGAAAAAGACGAAUCCCUCAAGUCUCAACAUGUCUCAGCCGCGCCACAUUGUUAGAGCUCAGCCAUCACCUGGGGUGCAAGACUUUUUCAAAACCACAAAGUCCAAGUCACCUAUCAAACUGAGCCAGGAGGACAGCGAUCCGUUUGAAACCCUCUCCCCAGCGCUGUCGGAGGCACUAGAACUCGACCUGAGCAAGGAUGGGGCUGCGGGAAAACAUUCCCGACCAUCAACCUCGACGUCGAAUUCUUCAGAAUCUGUCUUGAAGGUGGUGAGGAAAACGACAAAGAUCAAAAGACAAAUCUUAGACCACGAGGUGGGGCUUGGACUCAAGGGCCAUGACCGAAAUCCUCUCCAAGACCCGGGCAGGACCCUUACUAAAGUCAGCAAUAUCCAAGCUGAUGUCUCCGUGACCUUGCAAGAAUUUUCGAGUUUCUCUGCUCUCAAAUCUUCAGACAAUUCGGUGGUGAAAGAUGAUUCCCCACAAGUGUCACCACAGAGAUCGCGUCGACGGACUCGGCGGAUGAAAGAUCAACAGAAAGGUGAGCAAAGUUCGUCUAGCCCGAAGCUUGCCCGUCCACGAGGUAAUAUCGAGAGCUUCUUCCUACCUCGUGCCGUGGACAACACCGCCGAUGAGCCGCAGCUAGUCGAGGAAAAACACAUCCGAGCUUUGCACAUGGAAGGAGAGUGA